AUGAGUUCUUAUCAAUCACCUACAUAUGUUAGGUUCGGACAUUCAUUUCUAACUCAUCCUUUCCUCAUUAGCAAAGAUCCACCACCCACUUAUGACGAAUGCCUCACUAAACUUUCGGUUCAACACGUUAUCAUUGAUUGCAUCAAGUAUCGGGACAUAAGAAACAACUUAGCAAUACCACCUAAUACUCGCGAGGAAGUUCCUGUGAAACGAUUGUCAGUCGCCGAUCUGUUGCCAGCCACCCAUUACUACAUGACGUAUGACGGCUCUACCACGGUUCCCGCGUGUCACGAAACCGUUACCUGGUUAAUACUAAACAAACCAAUCUACAUCACUAAACAACAAUUGUACAGUCUGCGGGGUCUGAUGCAGGGCAGCAAGAAGAACCAAGGAAUGGCACCGCUGGGCAACAAUUUCCGACCACCUCAGCCGCUUCACAAUCGACUGGUGCGCACCAAUAUCGAUUUCAACCUGAGAAAGGACGAUGAAAAAUAUUGCCCGAGCAUGCACAAAGACGUAUACUACAAGGCCAAUGACUGGAAACCUCACUAAUAACGUACCUUUCUACGUAUAAACAACACGCGGCGGCAACUGCCAUCCCCAUCAUCGUCGUCGUCGUCACUCGCUCGUAUAGAAACAACACCUAAUACACUAUCAUCGAGUAAACUGGAUGACAACGACGACGACAUUCCAGUAUAUAUCAUGUUAUGAUAUUAUUAUUAUUAUAUUAAUAUUGUGUAAAAUAA